GAUUGGCUGAAUUGGAAAGGACGCACGAAGUGUGUGGUACACUUGGCCGUGCACAUCGCAGGCAGCUUCAUCAAAGGUCGGUCCGAGCCCACUCCUGCUUACGUUUCCUUCAUUCUGGGAGAUCCCGACAUGCAUGAGGGUGUGAAUGUCGCGGUGAAAUCCAUGACGAAGGGGGAGGUGGCCAACUUCACCUUUGCCAGCCAGCGGCUUUCUGCCACUAGCAGCCUCACGAAGCUUUUGCCCAAGGUUCAGGGGGAUUCUUGCAGCUGGCGGGUCGAGUUUCAGAAGUUUGUGACCUGGGAAGAUCUCGAUCGAAAUGGGGAGAGGUUGCAGAAGAUCCAGGAGGAAGGCUACGGGGCCGAUGUCGCCGAAGACCUUUCCGAGGUUUUCGUGCACUGGAAGGUGGUGGGACCUGACAACCAGCUAAUCCAUUCCUCGAGGUACACUGUGAAGAUGGGAAGUGGGCAAGACAUGAAGCAAGUCGAGGACGAGGACAAGGUGGCCCCCUCCUACAUCAUGGGUGAGACGACCUGGAGCCCUGUGGCGACGAUCUGCCGCAGCCUUCGGCAAGGCGGAGUGGGCGAGCUCCGAUUGAGGCAAGUCCCUGAGCUCCCGAAGGACCCCAAUGGCGACGAUGUUUCAGCCAAGCUCUCCUUGAUGCUGAAUCGCGGUUCGACGGAGAAGCUUACGCAUUGCACCAUCCGAGCAGAGCUGGAAAGAGUGGUGCCCGCGCUUACCGGUCCGGACGACCCUCGGUGGCAGGGCGCUGGAACCCUGGUGGAGGAGCGCUUUCGAGGGGAGCAGCUCCUUGAGCAAGGCUACGAGGCCGCUGCAUUGGCACGAUUACGCCGCGUCGUCGAGUGGUCUCAGCGAGUUUCCGAGGAUCAGGCUUCCACACUUCGGGACGUGGCGGCCGCCAAAGCCUCCAUAGGCUGGACCCUCGCCUCGCGGGCAGCACCCAUCUUGGACUCCGGCAGCGUCUCUUCCGAGGUCCUGAAGUCCGCUCGAAAAGAUCUAGCCGAAGCGGAGGAGCUUUGUGACUGGCUGGAGCAGAAUGCCGGCCAGAAUGCAGGUACCAAGCUCUUACGGGCCAAGAUCCUCGUUGCCAACGACGACGACUUUGAUCUAGAGCCGGUUGCCCUGGCGCCAUCUUCCCCAUUCAAUGCGGCUGAUUGCUUUCGUUGCGUUCUCAGCUGCAUGGCGCCUCGCUGCAUCGACAGGUAUCGCGUGGCUAGUGGAGCCCGCCAGGAUGUCGGGUUCAACGACGACUAUGCCUCCAAGGGCCAUGAGUAUUUCGAUGUGUGGGCUCCCGAAAUAGCGACGCACUAUGGAGAGGUUUUCUGGACGGAUCAGGGGAACCAGCCGCUUCCCACCGAGAUCGUGAAGCGCUUCAAGGGCAAGGUUCUGGCCAUCACUGGAUACGAGAUGGACCAGGUCAUGGUGGAGCCAGUUGGCCAGCCAGGUCUCCAUCCCGACAAAGAUGUCUCCGUGCCGAUCAACUGGGCCUAUAACCAUCACUACAUGGCCUUCAUGACCGGUGCCCACUCGGAGAUUCGAAGGGUGGCGGCAGCCCCAGGAGAUCCGAUGGCUCACGGGGCCAGCAGCAAACUGAUUGCGGUGGAUAGGCCGUCUGCUGCCUCCCGCGAGGAUCCUUCCAUUCCCACCUCUCAGUUCUUUUCGGAGGGGAAUGGCGGAGAAUCCCGGAAGUCCUUUCAUGGCUAUCCUGAGGGCUAUGCGCAGCUGAUUGAGUCUCCGGACACUUGGCACAUCACCCCUAUGCAGAUUGACACUCGCAAUCGCGACUGUGGUGUCACACCUGCCAGCAUCACGAACUGCACGAAGUUCACACCAGGACCCGAGCCAAAACAGGCCAGGUACGGCCUGGGUGUGCCAAAGGACACGAACUACAGCGGUAUCUUGGAGUGUCCCUGCAACUCCCGGUACGGUGGAGAUCCCAUGUUCUACCCAGAGGCACAGACUAAGAUUGUCAGCCACAAGUACACGAUCGUUGGGACAGGGGCCUGUGCGGCUGGUGAGCUGGUGGAGAACGCCAGCGACUGCUUUGCAGCAGCCACGACUUUGGGCUUAAAUGCCUCCCGCUUCAUAAACAAGAGCGUGGCCGAUCCUGCGCUCCCGCCGGGCUGCUCUGUGACGGUGGAAGGCAAUCAGUCCGCCGUGGUCUAUUUCAACACGGCCGGCCGAGGGAAUUGCAGCGCCUCCUCGAAGCGCUCCGGGGAAGGAAGCUCCAAAGUUGGCGUGAAAAUUGCCAUUGAGGUGGACGCAACGAACACGUUCCAGAGGUCACCCGCGGGGGAGUUCUGCGAAAACAAUCGCAAGGGCAAAAUCCAAGCUUUCCCCAUGCGGGGCUCUACGCUGGCAGCUGCAGAAGCAGCUCGCGACCAGUGUACCCAGUUCUGCUGGGAUGAAGCCAGCUGCUGGGGGUGCAGCGUGGACUGCGAGCAGGAGCCGUAUGCCUACGGCGCUCUCAUUUCCGCAUGCCAGUGGAAUGCCAUCACCUCCUGCGGAAAGGUCAUGAAGUGGUCGGGAUCCAUCCGAGGUGACAUCAGUCAGAAGCAGCCGCAGAAUGGCGGCGUUCGCAUCACUCUCUCGGGACCCGCAGGUGCAUGGUUUGGUGCCGGCUUCAAUGCAUCCGCCAUGGCCGACAGCCCUUACACCCUGGUAGCGAAUGACGCCGGAGUGACAGAGAGAAAGAUCGGCACCUGUGGUAGCGAGGCAGAGCACUGUCCCGGGGACCUCCUCUCGCCGAGCCUGAAGGUGCUAUCGAACUCGGUUGUGCAGGGUGUUCGCACAGUAGUGGUGUCCCGUGGCCUUGCGGGACUCACCAAGAACCACUACUCCUUCAACCCGCAGGGAGACGAGACCAUUCACUUCAUCACGGCAGUUGGUCAGUCGCAGACCUUUGCUUACCAUCGUGCUCAUGGCCCAGCGCAGGUGGCGCUGACCAGUGAAGGGUCCAACUCCUGCAUCUGUGACAAAGGCAUCACUGGCCGCCUUUGUGAGACAGGGGGAGUCAACUGUGCCGAGUUCGAGAAGGACUGCGUGGCCUUUCCUGCAGGGGACCUGAAGGCUCAACGGAACCCAACGUGCAACUCGCGACAGUACGCCGGAGGCCUCAGCUGCUGUCACCAUAAGCGGAUUAUGCUGGAUGCCGACCAGGAGAUCCGGCCCGAGCUAUUGAGGUAUCACAUGAAGUUCCGGUUCUGGUUCCAGGAAUACAAGCCGGCACAGACCGGAGCCAAGGCCUCCCAUGCGGACCUUCCGCGCAUCUACUAUCAGACGGAGGCCCAUGCAGGCGAGUAUGACAUCCCGCCUGCUUUUGCCAAGCCGGGACACCCCGUCGUGGGCUAUCCCGAUUGGCCUGUUGGGACUCCCACGCCAGGGACGAACUGCACUGGAACCUGCCCCGAUGGCCCGGACUGCGAGUGCGUCCACACCAUCACGUAUCACUGGACUGUCAGCAACAUCCGCCUCAUAUAUGCUGGAGGGCACUGUCAUGCGCCCAGCUGCAUCUCCAUCGAGUUGUACCACAAUCUCACCGGCACACCAGAGCUCCUGUGCCGGCAGCUGCCUUAUUAUGGCCAGGGAAACUUCCCCAAGGACAAGUGGGACGAAGCCGGCUACGUAACCUUGCCUCCCUGUCUCUGGAGCGACGAAGAUCCGAACCUGGACCGAUCUGUUUGGUUGCCGGCCAACACACCGCUCUUCUCCAUCAAGAAGAAUAAUAACACCCACCUUGGUCACUUUGGCGAGAUGGCUUCCUGGCAGAUGCGCGGUGUGAACUUCCCGGCAGACCCACCCACCUUCGUCUGA